CUUUUUUACUUGUAUAAGAUGAUGAGGAGCAUUGAUCGUGUGGAUAGCCAGAGACUUUUUCCCAGGGCUGAAAUGGCUAACACGAGGGGGCACAGUUUUAAGGUGCUUGAAAAUGUGUAUCAAGGGGAUGUCAGAGGUUAAAAACGACAAGGAAUCUAUCUACAGGAAUCUCGAACACAACACGCCAGUUUUUCUGUCUCUGUCCAGAUAUUUAAGAAGUGGAGCAAGGGAUUCACUCGAUCAUCCUUCCUGCUCAGACUGUGGGGAGGGAUUUACUCGAUCAUCUGACCAACUGGCAUGCCCGUCAUUUUACACAGGGAAAAGGCCAUUCACCUGCUCAGACAGUGGGAAUGGAUUCCCUCAGUCAUCUCAACUGAAUGUACGUCAGCAAGUUCACACUGGGACAAGGCCAUUUACCUGUUCUGUGUGUGAGAAGGAAUUCAGUUGGUCAUCCCACCUGUGGACACACCAGUCAGUUCACACUGGGAAGAGGCUGGUCAUCUGCUGAAUUUCUGGGGAAGGAUUCACUCGGUCAUCUGACCUAAUGGCUCACCAGCAAGUUCACACUGGGGAGUGACCAUUCACCUGCUCGGACUGUGGGAAAGGAUUCACUCGGUCAUCCAAACUACUGGCACACCAGUCAGUUCACACAGGGGAGUGGCCAUUCACCUGCUUAGAAUGCGGGAAGGGAUUCUCUUUCUCAUCUAAUCUGAAGGUACA